UAAUUCUAAUUGUUUUUGAGGAAUUAAUAUAGCGAUUACUAUUGCCAGUGGCUUCUUUCUGUUUACAGCAGUGCGACGAUCGUUAUCGCUAAUCCAUUUACCAGUGUGCAUUUCAAAGAAAAUCAAAAGGGUGUUCAUUCGCCCCGUCACUUCUUAUUUAAAAUCUUUCACUACUGAAUACGAAACUCCAUUAAAUCUAUCGGAAUCCGUUACUUGCGUGUCUGCGUGUGUUCUUAGUUGAUCGCAUUCCUCGCUUAUUUUUUGUUUGUUACCUCUGCCUCGAUUGCUUCUUUCUCUGCAAUUACCAAUUCGACCUCGUAACUAUUCUUUACAUUGUCAUCGUCAUUCUCCUUAUCGUUGCGAUUGUUGUUCUGACGACGGUCUAGUUCUUUGGAACGUGCGACCCAUAAACGUCUAUUUUGACAGGCAUAUUCUAAGUUAAACGAGGAACAAGAAGUCACAUUCUAUAUCGAACACGGGCACACUGCUGCCUUUCAGCAGAUUGCAAGGAUAUAAAUAGAAACAUUUCUGGUAUACACGAAUUAUUUUUCUAUACUUCGGUGUCUACAGUAAGGAGAUAAUACUGGAAUCAAGUUCGUUGAAGACUUUAGAUCCUCAUUAAUUAUGUCAGACAUUGAGGCUGAAGAUGAUUUUCAAGAUGCACAAGAAUUGCUAUCCCUACCAAAUAACAUGGAUUUGGAUACAGCAAUGAUGGAAGCUACACAGGCCAUGCACUACUUUUUCAACAACGAUUUCAUCAGGGCAAAGAAAGUUUUGGAGCCAUGGUCAGAUAGUAGCUUGUAUCAUUCAUUGGGAAACAGUGUAUUUCUAUUUCUGGAAGCGAUUUUGACAUUUGAACAAAAGGAGAUUGAAAAAGCUUCAGAAGCUCUAAAACAAUCAAUGGCUGUAUGUGCCAAGCAUCGUAAACACACAACAAUUACUCAAAACUUGGGCAAAAUCGUCAAAAAAACAAACUAUGAUAGUUAUACAAUUGAUGAGGUGCAUGCGGAGCUGUGCUAUGCCGAAUCGCUUCUACUGAAGGCGAUGCUUACAUUCGUGGAGGACGAGACUUUGGUCAGCUUUGUCAAAGCUGGAUUGAAAAUUCGUACCUGCUUUCUUUCAUACAAGGAAUGCCUGACAAUAUUGAAGACGAAGAAGUGGGAACAUGAGAAAAACAAAGUACAUUUUGAAAGCGGUGUUCGCAUGGGUAUUGGUGCAUUUAAUCUGAUGAUCUCAUUAUUACCAGGACGUGUGAUAAAGCUACUAGAGUUUAUAGGAUUUUCUGGGGAUAAGGAGUAUGGCCUAUCAGAACUUCAAGCUGGCUACAAAGAGAGGAGUGGACUUCGACACGUCCUAUGUGCAAUGACUUUAUUGGCUUAUCACCUUAUAGUGUUGUUCCUAUUAAGCGAUGCCGAAGGAGAUAUUGAAUGGUGCGAAAAAGCUCUGGAUGAAGAAUUAAGCUUAUAUCCAAAUGGUGUUUGGUUCUUGUUCUUCAAGGGAAGGCUUGAAUUUACGAAAGGCAAUGUAGAGAGUUGCAUCGAGUGGUACACGAAGUCUUGGAAGAGUCAGGAGUUAUGGCCGCAGUUCCAUCAUCUCUGUUUCUGGGAGUUGAUGUGGGCUCAUUGUUUACAGCAACAGUGGGAUCGAGCCUUGCCUUUUGCCAGCAUGCUGGUCGAAGAAGCUAAAUGGUCGCGUACGACUUAUCUUUAUCAAAAAGCUGCUAUUCUUAUAAUGAUGAAGCCUUCAGUUAAUAGUGAAGAGAAACAAACUAUUGAAACCUUGUUACUACAGGCACCGACAUUCAAGCAACGCAUAGCAGGAAAAUCUUUGCCUAUGGAAAAGUUUGUCAUAAAGAAAUCCGAACGUUACUUUGCGCAGAAAAAGAAUCUAGUCCUUCCUGUAUUCGAGCUUCUGUACGUGUGGAAUUUAUUUAAGAUUUUUGUCAAACGGCAAGAUUUAGCAUUGAAUUUGUUUAAAAUAAUUGAGGAAGAAGAGAAUCGUCUAACCACUAGGACUAAGGAUGAAUAUCAUGCGGACAACCUGGCACUUUUAUUGCUUCUGAAAGGAGCCUGCCUCAGACAAAUAAGGCAACCUCUACAAUCUGAGGAUUGUUUAAAACGCGUUCUUGCUCUAGAAAAGCAGAUCAAAGAUGACACGUACUUACUUCCAUAUGCAACAGUCGAGUUGGCUCGGUUAGCCAAAGAUCAAGGCCACAAUCAAGUAGCAAUUGCACUUUUGGAAGAUGCUAAAAAGAAUUACACCGGUUACUCGUUAGAAUCGAGGUUGCAUUUCAGGAUCCAUUCAGACCUUUUAGAUUUAACUAGUAAGAAAUCUGAAAAUCAUCCAACUACUAAUCAUACCAAUAAUGCACCCGGUUCAAGUAGUGUUGGAACUUAAUUCAAUGACAUAACGAUUAAUAUUUCUAGCAAAAAGGCCUGAACUUUUGCCUAAUUUAUUUAACAAAUUUUAACGGUGUUGUGUUUUAAUUUCUGUGCGUUCACAAUUUAUUUUAAUCACUAUGAAUAUACAGAAACCAUAUUUGGAAAAGGUUUUAGCAUCUAUAUCACCUCAAUAAUUUUAUACAUACAGGGUACGAGCACGGUGAAUCUAGCAUUUCUAGCAUUUCAAGAUGCAGACGCAUAAAUGAGUAGUAAAUGAUUACUAUAAAUUAUUAACGGAUUAUAUGCGUUACAUGUUUAUAUGUAAAUACGUCAAAGGAAUUAUUGUGAAAAUGCUUUUGAGCACGUGAAGAUAAAAAAUAAAACGAUGUACGUAUAA